AUGAAUCUUACCUCACUUGCUCCAGCCUUUGAACUUCACUAUAUUGCCCAAAAUAUAAAGACUGGUGCGACAAUCUGUUGUGGAAGUCAGUUUCCUGAAUUUCGUGUUUUAUUACGAGAAGAUCCCUUUAUAAAAGUCAUCAAAUCUCCAAAACCAAGUGAUAUAUGUGAAGAAAAUUUAAAUAUAAAUAACCUAAAACAAUCUGAUAUACACCAGGGUAUAGAUAAACCACACAGUCAGGUAAUCUGUGGAAAAGUAUCUGUAAUGGUGGAUUAUGGAAAGCAAGACACAAGGAUACAUUCUGAAGAGAAUCCAUAUCUUUGUAUAGUGUGUGGAAAGAACUUUGGAAGAAACUAUAGCUUAAAACAACAUCAAAGAAUACACACUGGGGAGAAACCUUACAGUUGUACGGUUUGUGGAAAACUUUUUGUAACAAAUAGUAGCUUAAAAACACAUCAGAAAAUACACACUGGGGAGAAACCUUACACUUGUGGAGUUUGUGGAAAACACUUUGGAACAAGUAGUAGCUUAAAAAAGCAUGAAAGAACACACACUGGGGAGAAACCUUACAGCUGUGCACUUUGUGCAAAACAUUUUCCAACAAAUAAUGAAUUAAAAAAGCAUGAAAGAAGACAUACUGGGGAUAAACCUUAUGGUUGUGUAGUUUGUGGAAAACACUUUUUAACAAAUGAUGAACUAAAAAUACAUCAAAGACGACACACUGGAGAGAAACCUUACAGUUGUGCAAUUUGUGGAAAAGACUUUAUAAGAAAUUCUGAAUUAAAACUGCAUCAAAAAAUACAUACUGGGGAGAAACCACACUGUUGUACAGUUUGUGGAAAACAUUUCAGAAGAAACUAUAGUUUAAAAAUACAUCAAAGAAUACACACCGGGGAGAAACCAUAUAGUUGUAUAGUUUGUGGAAAACACUUUGAAACAAGUGGUAGCUUAAAAACACAUCAGAGAAUACAUACUGGGGAGAAACCUUACAGUUGUACGGUUUGUGGAAAACAUUUUGGAGCAAAUAGUAGUUUAAGAAAGCAUGAAAGAAUACACACUGUGGAGAAACCUUACAGUUGUGCAAUUUGUAAAAAAUACUUUAGGAAAAAUGCUGAAUUAAAACUGCAUCAAAGAAUACACACUCGGGAGAAACCUUAUCAUUGUGAUGUUUGUGGGAAACAGUUUAGAUGUAACUCUAACUUAAAAAAUCAUAAAAGAAUACAUACUGGGGAGAAACCAUAUAGUUGUGAAGUGUGUGGAAAACAAUUUGGAAGCACCUCUAACUUGAAACAACAUCAAAGAAUACACACUGGGAAGAAACCUUAAAGUUUUAUGAUUUGUAAAAAAUAACUAUCUAUAAACUAUACAUUUGUGGUCUAUGUGUAAUAGAACAUUAAACAAAGUGAUUUAAAAAUGUAUCAGAGAAUACAUACUGGUCAGAAACCUUACAGUUGUGUAGCUUGUGUAAAAUGCUGGGACAAAUUGAUAUUUCAAAACAUAUUAAAUAAUACAUACUGCAGAGAACAGUUGUGUAGGUUGUGGAAAAGAUGUUGGAACAAAAAACUGAAGUAAAAUUAUUAUUAUUAAUGUUGGUUGUUGUGACUAUACCAUCAUAUUGAUUUUACACUCUAACAAGUUCGUGAUGAUCAUGUAAAGACUAAAAAUGCUUUCGUAAGGGGAGUUGCAAAAUAAAUCACACUUUUUUUUCCCCCGAAGUAAUGAUGAACUUGGUAGGACCAUGAAUAUCAUCAAUCAUGAGGAAACCUCAUUUCAACGUACUCUUGGGUGUUUGAUUCUUCGAAUUUCAUUUUUUGCAAAUCAUUUGAAUCAUAUCUGUCACUAGAACUCAGGUUCAUGUUGCAUGUGCUGCCUUCAGAAUGGCUCAGAAACUAGUUGCAGACAUGCUCUGAUAAUUCAAGUCUUCCAAUCAUCACAUCGCAAUGCCAGAUUUGAAAAAUCCAAUUAAUUCCUCAAAAGUUUCAGAAUUGUUGAAUUUGAAAAAGUGGUUGAAUGUGGAUUGGGAACUCUCCAGAUUUCAGUCUCGCCGAAAAUAUCGGAUCUUUCAUUCAACAAUGUACAGACAAAAUGUUGGAAACUUUGCCUGAAUGCAAGAGACAUAAAAGUGAAACCUUGAUUCGUGUUCUCACUGAUGUGCUCACAAAGACAGACAUGUUUGUUGCAUUUUUGAAAUCUUUUGCAAAUCGAUUAAAACUCGUGCGUGAGAACAAUGGUGGCCCAAUCAAGUGAUAUUGAUACUUGGAAUUACUUUUUGAUUGAAUUAAAAUCUUAUUUUACGUUGUUAUGCUCUCGGGGAAAAAAAGUGUUUUUAUUUUGCAACAUCCCUUACAUUUUGUAUUUACAUCUACAGUUUUUUUCAGUAUUUCUGCAUAUUGUAUGUGGUAUUUACUCUAUCACUAACUGUAUAUCAAUUAGUAAUGUAAAGUAAAUAGCUUAUAACUCUGACACAAAAUAAAGAUGUAUAUAAAAAACAA